GGACAUACAAAUAUAUGGUGCCAGUAACUUGAGCUUUGCUAUAUCUCAAGAAUAACCUACUUAGGUACCUACCUAGUAGCCAUCUUAUCGAACUCGAAUAGUCUUGAAUCAACUUCGAAUUUACGACAAUGAAUUAAUAUUACGCAUCCUGCCAGAGAAGAUAGGUACUCCAAAGCUGACUAUGAAUACCCCUAACCCUGAUCUUAGCAAUACCUAGUUUUCGAAGGAUCGUGGUGUGGGGCAAAGAAGACAGCGGUCUUACUCGCUACGCCGUAAAAUGCAUAGCCAAAAGACCAAAAAAACCGGAUCCAGCUUCCUUCGCGGUUGCCCAGCACGAACUUGGGCUCGGUAUGGUGUAGAUAGAUCCUGCGAUUGCGUUAAUGCCUCUUUUUUUUUUUUUCUUCUUCUGUUUAGCAACUGGCCAAACUUGGUUCCCAGCAUCUCACCAUACUGCCCUCCGGCCGCCCAAAAUGCUCGCCGAGCUCCUAAACAGCUACAACAUCUACCCUCCGCUCUCCGCGCGCUCCCCGCUGCCCGCACUAUACCUGCCCCUCGGAUACUCCGUGCUGAUCCUCGGGUAUGUCCUCGGGCCCGGCUCGAUCCGCGGGUUUGCGAUCAGCUCCGCCCUGCUACUCCUCGCGCUGCAGCGGCCCCGCUUCACCGCCGGCGAUGUCGUCCAGGACUACUGCCUCUCCGGCGUCAGCAUCGUGUUCCUGCUGAACUACCUUGACCACGGCACCGCGGGCGGCGGCCCUCGCUAUUUCGGCCGAGCCGACCACCCGCUGCCCCGCCCCGUCGGCCGCGAGGACAACAGGACGUGGGCGCAGAAGCUCAAGUGGUCGCUCAGCCUCACGGCGACGGUGCGCGGCAUCGGCUGGGGCUGGCAGGUAAAGGGGGUGCCGGCGCACCCGAACGCGGAACAAUCCCGUUUUCGCUUUGUCGUGGGGAAGGCCGUCGAAGUCGUCUGGCGCACCGCUCUCAAGGGCGCCGCGGUCUACGUCCUCGGCUUCUGCCGCGUGGUGGCACAGGCGUCAGGGACGGCUCCGCUGACAGGCUGGCUCUUGGACUCGGUUGCGUGCUGGUGCGUUGUCGUUUGGAGCUUCAACACCAUUGGCGCUGCGAACGCGGCGGGCGCCGCGGUUACGGUGUUGCUAGGCGUUUGUGAGCCGUGGGCGUGGCCGCCGGUGUUUGGGGACCUGGGCACAGCUUGGAGUGUUAGGCAAGCGUGGGGCACGACGUACCAUCAGCAGAUGCGAAGGACCUUCCAACAGCCCGGCAUCCGACUCGCGCGUCUCCUCGGCUUCAAGAAAGGCUCCUUCUCCUCGCGCUACCUGCAGCUCUACUCCGCAUUUUUCAUCAGCUUUGCCACGCACUGGUUCCAGUCAUACACGGUCUCGCGGAGCGACCAAGGCGAGUUUGCCUUUUUCAUGGCGCAGCCAGUGGUCAUCAGCAUCGAGGACUUUGUUGCGUGGGUGUGGAAAAGGUCGGUGGCUCCCAAGCAGAGGAGGAGGAGAAGUCUCGCCUGGCUUGAGCUGUAUGCGGGAUAUGUGUGGACGAUUGCGGCGUUCACGAUAACUGUGCGCCCGAUCAUGAGGGGCUGGACGGAUACGGGGAUGGUUGGGAGUGGAGGCCCCGAUGAGGUUGUGGCUCUGAGGCUAGGAAGCAAGCAUGGCGCCACAUACUUUGGGGGUUGAUGCUGUGUUUGUUACUCGGUCGAUGGUGAUACGAGACGAGUACGAAGUGAUCACUUGUACCUGAUUAGAUCUAGAUAGAGUAUCCUUACCUAAAUCUCACACACAGUAAUCAAAUUGAAUCCACUUACUAAAGCUGUGAGAGACAUAUU